CUCACGGCCCUGCCUGCCACCCCCGCAGUUCCAGGAUGUGGCCCGGGACCUCCAUUCCUACCUCAGGCUUUACACCAGCAAUACCCUGUCAUCCAGCAGCAGACUCCUGAGCCACGCAUCCGUCGCGGAUCUUGCCCCGACCCCAGAAGAACCCAGGAGCGUCUCCCCCUGAACCCCCACAGACUGAGAGCAGGCUACGAGUUCCCCCCCCUCCACGUCCCUCAGCCAAUCACAACGCAGCAGCAGCAGCAGCAGCGGUACCUGGCCGAGGGCACCGAUUGGGACCUCAGUGUGGACGCCGGCCUCCCCCCCCCUCAGUACCAGCUCCAGCAGCUGCCCCAGCACUACCAGCAUUACCUGGCCUCUCCCAGAAUGCAUCACUUCCCCAGGAACACUUCCUCUGCACAAGUGGUUGUGCAUGAAAUCAGAAACUACCCGUACCCCCAGCUGCACCUGCUGGCUCUGCAGAGUCUCAAUCCUUCCAGGCACGCCACCGCCGUGCGAGAAAGCUACGAGGAGCUGUUGCAGUUGGAGGACCGUCUGGGCAGUGUGAGCCGAGGAGCCGUUCAGACCACCAUCGAGAGGUUCACCUUCCCUCACAAAUACAAGAAGAGGAAGCCUCAGCACCUGAAGACCGGAGAAGAGGAGGAGACAGACGUGGACGAGAAGUGCACCAUCUGUCUGUCCAUGCUGGAGGACAAAGAGGACGUCAGGAGAUUACCCUGCAUGCACCUCUUCCACCAGGGCUGUGUGGACCAAUGGUUGGCCACCAGCAGGAAGUGUCCCAUCUGUCGAGUGGACAUCGAAACACAGCUGAACCCUGACAGCUGAUGAGAUUUAACUCCCCCCUCCUCACCCUCCUCUCUUUGUCAAUCACCCUGGUGUGGUUCCUGCUUUCUUGCACCCUCCCCCUU